AAAUUUACAAAAUUAAUAGAAUAAGAGUACUACGAGUAGUACAUAGAGUGAACUACUUUUGAAUUUUCGCACUGAUCGUUAGAAUUUGGAAAUAAAAAGCGAAAUAAGAAGCACUUUAAAAUUAGAAAAUUAAAAUUAACUGGACACUUUACAGUUUACACUGUAAAGUUUACAGUGAACCAUAAAUAUUGUCAGUGUUGGCAAAUUUUAGGUGUUGUUUACAGUUUACCUUGUAAGGAUCUACCAUCAUUUUAUGUUGACACGGAUCAAGGUGCGCCUGCAAAGAUUUUCCAUGAGUGUUGAUGAGUUCUCUAAGCUUAUUGAUCGGAAUAUCCAGUAUGUUCGGUGGGGCAUUGCGGGAAUUGGAGUUGCUGGGCUGAUUGUUAUUGCCCGCAGUGUCCGAAUUGUGACGAAAUUUACCGAUGCAAAAAACAUCCCUCCUGGAUUUUUUAUGUCUAAUAUAUCAUUGCACGGAAGAGUUAAAAAUGUGGAUGACAAUGGGAUCCUUUUUGUUGACCACAUUCCCAUAAUUCGGACCCCUUGGAGUCACAGAACCGAUUCUCAGCUUCGAGUCCGGCUUGCUGUAGUAGCACACACUCCCCCGUCCCUAAAAUGGUUACAAACGAAUCUUGUUGGUAGACCGAUAUUUUUCCAGCUGUUGGGCACUGCCGGAGACGGAGAAAUUCUGAGCAGGGUGAAAUGGCAACGAUUCCCUUUAAUGUUCAGCAAUCUCAAUUUGUACCUCAUCAAGGCCGGGUUAGCUCACCAUGCUACGCACCCGACUCUUGUCGGCACACGGGAGUACGAGCUACUGAAUGAGAAAGCACGUUCUCUGGAACAGCUAGUGGAACAUAAGAAGCGAAAGCGCGGACUGUUCGGAACUUUUCGGUCCAGUGUAAACGCUUUGUACCGGAAAUGGAUAUAGCCAUAGUUUAAUAGCUCAUUACAUUUUACAUCGUAGCAGUGCUUCGAUUGAUUGGUCCCUGAAUGUAUACAAUGCCCGCGUGGCCUAAUGGUUACGCCGAUAAUUUUUCGCAUCGUGUCCAGUUUCGACAAAAUGUGUUUCGAUACUAUAUAAUGACGAAAAUAAAAA